AUGGCAGGAUCUGGAGGUGGUGAGCUGCGAGCUCCGAUCUUCAAUGGUGAGAACUAUGAGUUCUGGAGCAUAAGGAUGAAAACCAUUUUCAAAUCUCAUGGGAUUUGGGAGUUGGUUGAGAAAGGAAUAGGAAGCUCAUAUUCGAAGGGAGCUGAUGAAUCUGAUACAAAGCAGAAAGAAAAAGAGGAAUCAAGUGGUUCUGGGAAGAUGGCUAUAGCUGAGAUCCUGAUGAAGGAUGCUAAGGCCUUGGGGUUGAUUCAAGGAGCUGUAUCUGAAGAGAUCUUCCCUAGGAUUUCUCAUGAAGAAUCAUCUCAUGGAGCUUGGAAUAUUCUGAAGCAGGAAUUUCAUGGUGAUAAGCAGGUAAGGAGUGUAAAAUUGCAGAGUCUUCGUAGAGAAUUUGAAUAUACUAGAAUGAGAGAGGAUGAAUCAUUAUCUGCUUAUCUUACAAAGUUGUUUGAUCUGAUAAAUCAAAUGAGAGGUUAUGGAGAAGAGUUAUCUAGAGAAAGAAUUGUGCAGAAAAUGUUAAUUAGCCUGUUGCCUGUGUAUGAUCCAAUUUGUUAUGUAAUUGAACAUUCAAGGGAUCUAGAUGUAAUUGAGGUUCAAGAGGUGGUAGCCUCAUUGAAGAGCUUUGCUCAAAGAUUGGAAAGACAUCAUGAGAACAAGACUGAGAAGGCCUUUGCUAGUCUGAGUGUGGAUUCUAAAUCAGCUAAGGCCACUGGAAAUCAGAAUAACAAGCAGCAGAAGAAUUGGAAGGAUAAGGGGAAGAAGUGGGAUAAUAAACCUGCUGAUGGAACUAAAAAUCCUUGCAAACAUUGUGGGAAAUUGCAUUAUGGAGAAUGUAGAUUCAAGGGCAAACCGAAAUGCUAUAACUGUGACAAGCUUGGUCACAUUGCCAAAGACUGCUAUAGUAAGAAACCUGUGCAGCAGCAGCAGCUUCAUUAUGCUACUUAG